AUUUCAUAAAAAGUGCUAUACCCCACAUCGGUCACCAAGGGCCGCAUCACAUUCUGCCCAAUCCAACCCAUAUACACACUUCAGACGCCGCAAAUAUGUCGUCCUCCAUGGAUUUGGACGCCCCGGUGUCCAUGGCGGGACGCCAGGAGGCACCCCCGUCAGGCGCAACAAUCUUGUGCUGCAACUGCGCUACUCCAAUAGACGGCACGACUUCGGCGGGAUCGCUUGCGAUGUGUUACGACUGUGUCAAGUUGACGGUGGACAUCUCCGCAGGGAUUCAACGCGAGGCCACUCUGCAUACGUGUCGGGACUGCGACAGAUGGCUCAUGCCACCCACAAGCUACAUCAUGGCGCCGCCCGAGUCGAGAGAACUACUUGCGCUGUGCCUGAAGAAGCUCAGGGGCCUGAGCAAAGUCCGCAUCGUGGAUGCACACUUCAUCUGGACGGAGCCGCAUUCAAGGAGAAUAAAGGUCAAGAUCACAGUUCAGGACUCGGUCUCCGACGGCGUCUUGCUGCAGCAGAGCUUCGAGGCUGUCUACGUCGUCGCCUAUCAACAGUGCGCAGAGUGCGCAAAGUCUUACACCCCGAACACCUGGCGCGCAGUUGUCCAGGUCAGACAGAAAGUCCGCCACAAGCGGACCUUCUUGUUCUGCGAGCAACUCAUCCUGAAGCACGGAGCUCACAAGGAUACCAUCAACAUCAAGGAGGCCAAGGAGGGUAUAGAUUUCUUCUUCGCGGCGAGGAAUCAAGCCGAGAAAUUUGUCGACUUCCUACACGCCAUCGUCCCGGUCAAGGUUAAGAAGGCCCAGGAACUCAUUUCGCAAGACAGCCACACGGCUGUCAAGUCUUACAAGUUCACCUUCUCUGUCGAGCUUGUCCCGAUCUGCAAAGACGACUUGGUGGCGAUACCCAUCAAGCUCGCGAAACAGUCCGGAAACAUCUCGCCGUUGGUGCUCUGCCACCGCGUCGGCGUAUCGGUCCAUCUCCUCGACCCCAACACACUCCAGACUGCGGAUAUCACCGCGCCAAUCUACUGGCGAACGCCCUUCCAGUCUCUUGCCGACGUCAAAGAGCUGGUUGAAUUUGUGGUGAUGGACAUCGAGCCGCUAGGACCCCAGAAGGGCAAGAUGCUCCUCGCGGAAGCAACGGUCGCACGGGCAUCCGAUCUGGGCGUGAACGACAACACCUACUACACGAGGACACAUCUAGGCCACCUCCUCCGGCCCGGCGACUCGGCCAUGGGGUAUCUCGUGUCGGGCACCAACUUCAACAGUGCCGAAUUCGAGGCGAUCGAGGAGUCGCACGCCUACGGAUCCACGAUCCCCGACGUGAUCCUGGUCAAGAAGCACUACCCGAACCGGCGCAAGAACCGCCGGAGGAACUGGAAGCUCAAGCGCAUGGCCAAGGAGGAGGCUGAGGCGGCCGCGGCGGUUGUCAAGAAGGGCGACCAGGGCGGCAAGGAGGACGACUACGAGCUCUUCCUGCGCGACGUGGAGGAGGACGAGGAGCUGCGGGCGGCGCUGGCGCUCUACAAGAACACGAACGCCAAGAAGAAGCAGGCCGUGGACGACGACCAGAUGAGCGUCGCGACCACGGAGAUGACCGGGGAGGAUGACGGCCCCAAGGUCAACAUGGACGAGCUGCUGGACGACUUUGACGAGCUGGAUAUCCAGGAUAGUUAGGUGGCAAAAUCAUAGAUAGUAGCAAUUCCAUGUUUAUGCCUGAGAGUAUC